AACAGGUUGCGGUCACAGCUACGACGGGAAUGGCCAGUUUACAACUCGGAAUGCGUGCUUCAACGUUACACCAUUGGGCCGGUAUAGGAGAUGGUCGUCACAGCUUUGAGAAACUAACAGAAUUAUUCGAUAACAACGACAAUUACGUAUCUGCUAGACAGAGAAUCGUAUCAGCAGAAUGUUUAGUUAUUGACGAAAUUAGUAUGUUGUCUAAGAGAGUUUUUGAGAUGGUCGAGUAUGUUUGUCGACACGUUAAGCGAAGUGAUCUAUGUUUCGGGGGCAUGCAGGUAAUUGGCUGUGGAGAUUUUAUGCAACUACCGCCAGUCCCAAACAAGUUUCUAAAUGAUGACGGAGAGUAUUGUUUUAGCAGCCUGUUAUUCGACAUCGCAUUUCCUCAUCAUGUUCAUUUGACAGAGGUUAGAAAUUGUUGGUGUGUUUAUUACGAAAAUUUCGCGUACAGGUGGAAGAUUGACAAUAUGAUAAAACCAGCGAAAAGAUCCUUUGGAAACGUAGUUUAAAUUUUUUUUUUCAAAAAUAUACUGUUGUUCAGCUAAGGAUUUCCGGUUAAAAUUUUUGCUCAUAAGCAGAUUUCUAAACUAUUAUUGUG